AUGGAUUUCGCAGCUAUCGAAAUGGCGCAUCAGGAAACAAAGUCAGAAUUGAAAAAAAUCGAAGAAAAUAUGCGAAUGCUUGGGAUAGAAAUUCCUCAUCCUAUUAUGGCUGAAAAAGUUAGUGGAGGUGUUAAAUCAGUUUCGCGUAUUGUUUUAGACACGAAUGUCUAUGGUAUUCGUUUACCACAAAUACCAGUCUAUCGAUAUGAUAUAAGAAUUGUUGCCAAAACCAGUGGUGGAAAAGAACUAGAAUUGACAAAACAGUGUCGCGAUGAGUUAGUUUACAAUAUAAAUAACGAAGUAUUCAAAAUGUUGCGUGAUGUGUGGCGAAGAAUGUGA